UCUUAUAUCUAUUUUCAAGACAAGCCUCAGAUCACUAACAUUAUAAAAAAAUGGUCGCAAUAAAAUUAUUAUUUUUGACCAUUUUCACACUUGUCAACUUGUCAAACGGGAAACCGAGAUUACUGAAAGGACAUGAACAUUAUGCGGCUAAAACUAGGUUUUUACAUGCUCUGCGUUAUGUAGCUGCUGUUGGUGGUCCGAAAUACAAAGUGUCGUCUAUUGGUGCGGUGUCUAAUGAAAUACGUUUUGGUUCGUUGGAUAUUUACGAUGUGGAUUUGUUUAUUGGAACACCUAAACCUGUUCAGCAGUGUCAAGUGAAAAUUUGGUCUCGACCAUGGAAACCGGGGAGCGGUAUAAACAUUAAGAUCUCAUGUGAUGGAACCCUAGAAUUUGAAACCGACUACUGAGCAUUCGUCAUCUGAAUUGAAACAAUAGUUUUUGCCUUUUUUAUUGUAUAUAUUGUUACGUUUUAAACUGUAUAGAUAAUCUAUGGCCUAUAAUUGUCAAAACUUCACUACAAUAAUUUGUACUUGUCCAGAUAAAAAUCAAAAUAACAUUAA